UUUUCGAUCCUUUCGCUUCGACUAGCUUCUAAAUUUGUUUUAAAAUUAUUUUUUCCUUAAACUCUAUCUAAGCCAAACUUUUCAAAGAUGUGCGGAGGCGGUUGUGGUCCAUGCGGAGGCUGUGGUCCCUGCGGAGGCUGCUACUGUUGUCCCACUCGCUACUUGAAAAGGACGGACAAUGCACCCUGUGUUUGGUGCGGACCAUGCAAGGCUCACUGCUACAAUACGCCACCGAAAUGUUGUUGCUAGCGAGUCUCGCAUAUUGCGCCGACAGGUACUCAUGCUAUAGGAAAAAUAGCCCUCAUGGUAUACGCCAAAUAACCAGCUGCCCAAUCCUAAUCCUAAUGUCAAAACCAAGUACAAAUUCUGUGGAUUUUGAUGGACCAGCUCGUGAAGAAAGCGGUGGACGUUAAAGAAAACGGGAUGGGGUCGGGUAUAGUCAGUGAAUGGUUGUUACUGUGAGCACUUUGGAUGGAACAAAUUUGGAAGCUAAGUUGAAUCAA